AUGGAGGGUUUAGAGAAUUUCGAGGAGGUUUCGUUUCGUUCCCCUGGUGGUCUUGUUUUCGAACCUCUUAGCGAGGAUGAGGAGGAAGGAGGGGAGUGUAGGGGUGGGAGUGAGAGAGAGGAUACGGGGGAAGAGGUGGUGGUAUGUGAGGAUAUAGGGGAGUGGGAAGGGACGCAGGAGAGGAGGAGGGGGGGAGUGAGGGAGAUAGAGAGAGAAGACGAGGUGGUGUGCGAGGAAGAGGUUUGGGAAAACUCGGAGGGGAGUGUGAGUGGAGGAGAGAGUGAGGGAGCGAGUGAGGUAGUGCGUGAGGGGGUGAGAGAGAUAGUGCGUGGGGGAGUGAGGGAGGAGGGGGUGGUGGUGUGUGAGGAGGAGUGUGUGGCAUGUGAGCUGGCAGUGAAGCAAAUGAGAGGAGGGAUAGGCUCCACCUCUGGCCCGACUGGGGCACCUGGUUUGGGCCGAAUCGGAGCAGGAGGCUUGGGGCAUGGCGUGGUUGUGGGGGGCUUGAAACGGGUGGGUGAGCGAGAGAGCCUUGAGACUCCUCCUGAGGAGGGGGGGGAUUCACAGGGGAGAGAUCUGCAGCAGGUGGUUGGGGGAGAGAGAGCGGCGGAGGAAGUGGGAGAGGGAUUGGGAGAGGGAUCGGGGGUGGGAGAGAGGUUGGAGGAGGGUUUACAAGGGAACUUGAUUUCAAACAGUGACGUUCUCAUGCAGAUGUACCCGGAGCUUCCAGGAAGGUGCGAAGCUGUGGCUAGUCCUGGUUGUCCUGCAGGGGAAGAGGGAAAGGGAGGGGACAGGGGCGGAGGAGGGGGUGUUGGUGCCGAUGCUGCUGGUGCCAGCGGUGCUGCUGAUGCUGACGUGGCAGCAAGCAGCGGUGCUGGUGAUGCUGACAUGGCAGCACGAGAUCCUGCUGGUCAUGCUUCCUCAGCACCGAGAGGUGGUACGGCGGAGCCGCUCCCCUCCAGACCUCCCCGGCUGCUGGCAGUGCUGAGUGUGGACGGAGGGGGAGUGAGGGACGCCAUCCCCACGCAGAUCUGUGUUCGCCUGGAGGCCAUGCUGCAGGAGAGAUGCGGCGAUCCCCACGUGCGACUGGCAGACUUCUUCGACCUCUUUGCUGGCACUGGCCGUGGUGGCCUGCUCGCCCUCAUGCUCACAGCGCCCCACAGGGCAGCGGGGUGGGGCACCAGUGGUGGGGGUCUGCUUGCGCUCAUGCUCACUGCCCCUCAUGGGGCAACGGGCCGGGCGGCCAUCAGGGCUCAGGACCAAGGAAAGGAGGUGAAGGUCCUGGAGCAGCUUCUGCGUCAUUUCCUCAGGCAGCUCUGUGGCACUUCUCAGCUACCUCACUGCACCGUUGUGUACCCGCUCUUCCCCCGUCAUUAUCAGGUGGAGGUCUUGGAGCAGCUUCUGCGUCAUUUCCUCAGGCAGCACUGUGGCGCGGCGGACCUCUGCCUAUCAGAGGCCGUCAAGCCGCUCCUGCUGACGUCAUAUGACAUCAGCACCGCCCGGCCAUACUUCUUCCUCAGCCUGCGGGCGUUGUCUGACUCGAGCCACGACUUCCCCCUUAUCCAGGCGAGUUGUGAGGGCGAGUUGGGUGGCGAGCUGUGA